CUUGAUCUCUUCAUGUUUCUGUAUCUCUGUCUCUCCAUGCUUCAAUGCCUGUAUGUUGAUGGCUCUCCUCUCUUGUCUUUCUAUGUCUACCUUUCCAUGGAUCUUUGUAUUUAUGUCUCUCUACAUCUCGUCUCUGUCUCUUCAUGUCUCGUCCGCGAUCUUCCAUCCUCCAUCCCCUCUCUGUCAUUUUGGGCCUGUGGAGCUCAAGGACCCUCAUCAAUCACCAUGCUCUCCUGCUCACAAAGCUCUUUCUCACUCCUUCUUUCUGGUAAAUCCCAGAGGCCACUGGGACCGGCAUGGGAGGUUAUUCUCCCCAGUUUACACAUUUAGAAGCUGAGGCUCUGGCUGCUGAUGUAGGCUCCUUCCUCCACGUUUUCGCUGCCUUACUCUAUUUUCGCGGUGCCGCCCGCCACCAGAUCGGGUCCGGGCCAGAACUUAGCACCUCGGACAGCUCCUGGAAGGUGCCGGGGUGGCCUGGCCUUCCUUCUCGCCAGCGCAGGAAGAACGGCCCUAGAGGUGGCGCGGGAAUCUCGCGAGAGCGGCUGGUGCUGGCAGGGGUGGCGCGGGCGUGCGAGGAGCAGCGCGCGCUCCCCGCCCCCAGCCCCCGAGUGGCUCGCGGCUCGCGGCCGGCUCCGCGCCGCAUAGCCGGGUGCAGCGCAGCGCAGCGCCGCGCGGCCUUUCGGCAGCUGAGCGACAGUAGCGGGAACCAUUUGAAAUUCAGCACAAAGAGGUGUGGGCAGGCUGCUGGGCUGACUGGUGCCAUCAUGGCAGAGAAAGUGAAUAACUUCCCACCAUUGCCCAAAUUCAUCCCGCUGAAGCCAUGUUUCUACCAAGACUUUGAGGCAGACAUCCCUCCCCAGCACCUCAGCAUGACCAAGCGCCUCUACUACCUCUGGAUGUUGAACAGCGUCACGCUGGCCGUGAACCUGGUGGGCUGUCUCGCGUGGCUGAUCGGAGGCGGGGGAGCCACCAACUUUGGCCUCGCCUUUCUCUGGCUCAUCCUCUUCACACCCUGCUCCUACGUCUGCUGGUUUCGGCCCAUUUACAAAGCCUUCAAGACUGACAGCUCCUUCAGCUUCAUGGCAUUCUUCUUCACCUUCAUGGCCCAGCUGGUCAUCAGCAUUAUUCAGGCUGUGGGCAUCCCAGGCUGGGGCAUCUGCGGCUGGAUUGCCACCAUCUCCUUCUUCGGAACGAACAUUGGCUCAGCAGUGGUAAUGCUCAUUCCCACCAUCAUGUUCACGGUCAUGGCUGUCUUUUCCUUCAUCGCCCUCAGCAUGGUUCAUAAAUUCUACCGGGGCAGUGGGGGGAGUUUCAGCAAAGCUCAGGAGGAGUGGACCACAGGGGCAUGGAAGAACCCGCAGGUGCAGCAAGCAGCCCAGAAUGCAGCCAUGGGGGCGGCCCAGGGGGCCGUGAAUCAGCCGCAGACUCAGUAUUCCGCCACCCCCAGCUACACAUACUCCAAUGAGAUGUGAGCCAGCCAAGCCUCCUGGGAGGCAGGGCUGGGGGCUGGUGGGACGGGGGCUCAAGCCACAUCAUCUGUUGUGGUGACCAAGCAGGGUUUCCCCUUCCCUUUUCUCUUGCCCCACUUUGUAUAAAGAAUCAGAUAUAUAUAUAUACAUACAUAUAUAUAUAUAUAUGUAUGUAUAUAUAUAUGUCUAUGUCUAUGUCUAUGUAUAUAUGUAUGUAUGUAUAUGUCUAUACCCCCACCCUCUUGGAUUCUUCUCUGAGCAUUUUGAAAGCUGUGGGCCACACGUGGAGCUGUCCCAUGUGGCAGUAGCUAUGUCCAUGUCCCCUUGUGAAAUAGCGUGAAGUGGAGGUCUCUGUUGUUGUGGUGCUAGAUGUAUGUUUAGAACUAAACCAGCCCCCCUCCUUCCCCCAGGCCACCCCCUCUGACUUUGCCCAAGGACCGACCCUUCUUGGGGUAGGGGGAGGCACAGCAGAGAGAGCCUGGCCCCAUCCCCAGGAUUAUGAGCUGAAGCUGUUUCCACUUUUGGUCUUACUGGGAAGCACUUGUGGUAGUGGGUGGGAGGGUGAGGACAGGCAAGGACCCUCUCUUCCUCCUCCUGAUCGGGAUAUCCUCCCCCUCAACCUCUUCUUCCUCUCCUCUCUUCUUGCUGUCACAUUCCUUGUGGUUUCUUCUUUUGCCCAGGGUCUCUCUCUUCCCCAUAUGGCUAUUCUGUCUUCCCCAAGGCUAUUUGUAUGUGCUCCUGAGACUGAGCCCAUUCCUAGAUCAAGGGAGCAGACAGAGGAGCUGAGCUUUAGCCCUGUGUGGGAGGGCACACAGAUGCAGAACCCCCCAUGGCACCUGACUCUUAGGGAAUGGCAAUGCAGGGUUAUCUCCCUGACUCUCAGAGCUUGGCCAGUAGGGGCAGGCUCCUCUUUUCCCUGCUUCCCCUCCUUCUCUUCCUAGAGCCCCCUCAAGCCCCUCUGCCUGUGUCCCUCCCCAAACCCCCAGCUGCUGUGGCCUGAUGCUCCUGUCCUACCUCCAUCAUGUACCAGGUGGCAUCUUCUAUCCACAAGGGCGGAUUCCACUGCCUUCCCUGAAGAGCUGGGUGGUGUUCAGGCAAUUUCCAUGCAGAGGUGCAGCUAGAGCAGAGAAUAUGUAAAUAAUUAUUGGUUCCUGUGUGAGGUCUGUCUGGUUCAAGCCUACUGGGAGGUAUUAAGUGUCUCUGAGUGACCGACCAUUGGAUUCCCGGCAGCAGUAGUUGUUCUGUGUGGGUCCGGUAGAAGGGACAGGCUCGGAGGGCUGGGCCUGGAGGGAAGAUCAGAGGAGUGGGCAGGCAGGGCCCAAGGAGGGGGGAGCAUGUCUCCCCCAUGCCAGCUAGCUCUUGAUCACAGGGCAGUUCUGGGCACUUGAACUCAGGGUCCAGGAAGAGGCAUAGGCCCAAUCCCAUCUGCAGGCACAAUGGCUGCAGUGGGAUUUCAGGUUAGGCGCAGUGGGAACAGAGGCUCUGUGGCUUUUUUUUUUUUUUAAUCAAAUCAAGAUAACGUGUUCCCUUCUGCCUGCUGGCCUUAGUUCUUGGCACUUCCUCAACCUGACAGAACCCCUUUCCCUUCCAGGACAGUGAUUUCAGGCCGGUAGGGCUGUUCUGUUCCAAGCCUUGUGAGAAUGUCACUGGUAAAGUCCCUGGCUGUCUGAGGCCCGGAGAGGAGUGAAUUCUCCCUCCAGGAGCAGCUGCCCACUUCCUACUAUCCCUUCUCCUACCUGGGUACUUGGCCUGAAAAACCAAACCCUGCUUGGCCGUUGUGGGCUGUCUCCAGCUUAGAACCCAGCACCUGGUCCAGCUCCAAAUACUUCAUUUUCCUAAAAGGGGAGCCAGGGCCUCUGGAAAGUUCUCUUCCUAAUGGUCCCAUUUGCUUGGGCGAGUGUGAUUGGCUCUCUCCUCUACCACUUUCUCUCUGGAAAGCAUUUGUCACAGUUCCUAGUACCUGAAAAGAGACCCUUGGUCUGGACUCUUGCUCCCUUGUCCUCUCUCCCACCCCAGACCUCUGGCUCCUUUUCUCUUAGUCUCUGAUAGCUCCAGGCCUGUGGUCCAGCUGCCAGCCAAGGAUCCAUGAGCUGUUGGUUGCCACCUCCACCGAUUUCCUGCCCUCCCUACCUUUCCUCUUUCCUGGCUCAGACCUGUAUGGCCAUGCCCUGACUCUGCCCUUUGGGAGGCCUGCUGCUUGUGUGUGGCCCAGCUUGUCCAGGCCCUGGGAUGCUACGUCUCCAGGCAACCAUGCACUUUCCUGGGGAGGGAUCAAAGGGGUGGGGGCUGGGCACAGAUUAAUCUCUGCUGGAUGGUUGUGGAUGUGGGGUGGAGGAAAACCCAGGUCAGCUCUGGGAAUCCUCAGGUCUGCAACCAGCCAGUGACCUGCUUUUAUAUUCUGCUGGUGCCCACUGUUCUCCUUGUUUCUAGGAGACACAGACCAUUCUCCAUCUGGCAGUUGACCUGCCUGAGCCAGUGUGUCUGUCUAUGGUAACUGAGUGAACUAUAAUAAAGGGGAACAUUUGGCCAUGUG